AUGUCACGACUAGGCGGGCCCAAUCCGACAACUGCGUCCCUUACGAGGGAGCAGCUCAAAAUUGUUAGAAUAAUAGCAUUAUGCAGUUCUGCGAUCACGCUCAUUGCUUCGGCAAUUGUGUUACACUGGUUUGUGCGGAUGAAGCGGAAUUUCAGGCGGCAGCUUAUCAUGAUACUUAUCAUCUGCGACACAUGGAAAUCACUUUGGAGUUUCGUUUUCCCAGCGGUCGCCCUCGCCAAUUCGACUGUUGCAACUACUAGUAAUUUUUGUCAAGCAUCCGGAUUUUUCUUUGCCUUUGGGAUUGAAACUGCGGAUUUCUGCAUCCUGUUUAUUGCAAUCCAUGCUGCAAUCAGCAUCUUUCUUCCACGGACAGGGCCUCAGGGAAAAUCUGGCCUGUAUCAAUAUCGACACACCGUCUAUGCGAUACUCAUACUACUACCUAUCACUAUGGCUGCCUUGGCUUUCACGAACAAGGCACCCGCAUAUGUAGCGCAAACUACGUGGUGCUACUUGCCAGUUCGACCGUUCUGGUACCGUCUCGCCCUGGCCUGGAUCCCUCGAUACAUUAUCAUGUUAUCCAUCACUGGGCUUUAUCUCGCCAUCUAUAUUUACGUCAAAGUGACCUUCCGAGCUUAUCGUGCUCGAUUUAGGACAUCAGAGUUCGAUACCGAUGCUACUCAGCCUUCUCAACUCGAUUCGAGUCAAACAGUUACCGACAGGCGUGGUUCAGUGUUAAGUGUAUUCGGGGCUACAUUUAAACUCCCUGGAGUCGGGAAGGGCGCCGAGAAAGUAAGAGAGGCCGACGUUGGCAUCGAUCCAAUUGUCACAGAGGUUAGGAGGCUAUCCGAAACAGCAAACGACGACAUUGAAGAGAUUGAAGGGACAAGCCGAAUAAUCGAUCUCGAAAAGGGCCAACCCUCUACAUCCCGCCGCGCUGAAGACGACUCUGCAGAUGAAGGUCGAAAUGGUGCUGGUAGUGAUAGUACACAAGACUCAACAUCUCGAAUGGUCAGGCGGGAACUCGACACCAGCCACCCUUCCACCGCAGCCACUUCAGACUCCGAAGAAGAGCUCCGAAAAAGGCAGUACGCUAUCCAACGCCAGCUCCGGUUCUUAUUCAUUUACCCUUGCGUCUACGUUCUCAUCUGGUUGAUACCGCUUGUCAAUCACUCGUUACAGUAUUUCGAGCGGUUUGCGGAACGGCCUUCGUUCCCCUUAGUUUGUAUAUCGGCGAUCGCUAUUCCGAUCCAAGGGGCUAUCGAUUGUCUUCUCUUCUCACUCCGCGAGAAGCCCUGGCGACUGGUUAAGAAACAAACGAAACAGCCUUUUUUCUCUUGGAUGUUGGGACGACAUUGGGAGGAGCCGAGUAAUGAGGAUUUGAAUAUCGAGGCUAUGACAGAAGGACAACGACAUGCUUAUCUGAGGAGGGAAAGAGAGAAACAAGAGAACGAAGUUGCGAGACAAGAGAGGGCUGAAAAGAAGAAGAAUAAAUUAAGGAUGGGACGAAAGAACUCAAUGACCUGGUGGGAUACCUUCGAGCGGGCGAAUAUUAGUGGAGUUGCCGUUUCAAGGCAGAGUUCGAGACAAGAAGGAGAUGCUGGAAGGAGCUCUUUGGCUGUGCCAGCCACGCCCGGAGCUAUCUUUGGAGCUGACGGGAAGGCUCCGACGCGAAAUAGCAGCUUUAGCAGCUUCAGAUCCCUUGGAAGGCAAAGGUCUAGAAGCGUCGGUGAUCUCUGGAAGAAUUUCAGCUUUUCAGACCUGGGUAGGCAAGGGUCUAUCGGUGGAAAUAAUAGAAAACAGAGUACUGCGGUUGUGGAAACUUCAGGUGCAAUCGGUGCAAUUGAGGAGGAGCAAAAUGAUUCGAAAACCACCAGCGAAGACGAAGGAAAGGGUGGAAGCUCAUCGUCUGAAGGGGAGCAGCCAACCAGUGAUAUUUCAGCCAAUUCAACGGCUCCAUUGGUGGAUCGGAUCGAGCCAGCUGAAGGCUUGAUGAUGAAGGGUUUACCGCUGUACCCGCCAAGUGCGAGGAGGAGGUAA